UUUGAAGCUUCCAAGGGUUCUACGUUUCGUUUCCCUCUCCCUAUAUAAAGGGCAUUCCAUCUGGCCCCUCCCUGCGCUUUCGCUGUAGCCGCUUCUCCGUCCUUCCUCCAUUCGUUUCAACCAUGGGUCGGAGACCUGCAAGAUGUUACCGUCAGAUCAAGAACAAGCCUUAUCCUAAGUCACGGUACUGCCGUGGUGUUCCAGAUCCUAAGAUUAGGAUCUAUGAUGUCGGGAUGAAGAAGAAGGGAGUUGAUGAGUUCCCCUUCUGUGUUCAUCUGGUGAGUUGGGAAAAGGAGAAUGUGUCAAGUGAGGCUCUUGAGGCUGCUCGUAUUGCAUGCAACAAGUAUAUGUCCAAGUUUGCUGGGAAGGAUGCUUUCCAUCUAAGAGUGAGAGUGCAUCCUUUCCAUGUCUUGCGUAUCAACAAGAUGCUUUCAUGUGCUGGAGCUGAUAGGCUCCAGACUGGCAUGAGGGGUGCCUUUGGGAAGCCUCAGGGGACAUGUGCUAGGGUGAUGAUUGGUCAGGUCCUUCUGUCUGUCCGUUGCAAGGAUAACAAUGGUAACCAUGCACAAGAAGCCCUACGCCGCGCCAAGUUCAAGUUCCCUGGCCGUCAAAAGAUCAUUAUUAGCCGAAAGUGGGGCUUCACAAAAUUUAACCGCACUGAUUAUCUGAAGUGGAAAAGUGAGAACAGAAUCAUCCCAGAUGGCGUCAAUGCUAAGUUACUUGGAUGCCACGGGCGGCUUGCUGGGCGCCAACCUGGACAGGCAUUCCUUUCAGCUGCCAUUGCCGAAGCUUCUUAGGAUAUCUCAGUUGGAGAACAAGCACAAGACUAUUGAUCCAUCAUUUUUGUUUCAAUGUCCUAGAUCAUGUUGGAGUUUACUUACCUAUUGAUUUUGUUACCUUUUGCAGCAUAUGACUGCUAGUUUUACUUCUUAUGGAUAUUUGUUUUGUUCUGUGCUUGGACAACUGGGAUAUGACAAUUUAGCUUUUGAAGUUCCUGCUUAUAUGGAUGAUGUGUUGCAAAA